GCAUUAAUACCAAAGUGGUAAGAAGGAGUUGCACUAACAUAUUCCGCAGUAGCAAAGUAACUGAACUAGACGGCGGCAUACAUACGCCGUGACAUUGUUGGCUUAUAUGUGAGCCGCUAUGACCUGUUUCUAUAGCGUUUUGGGUCUGACAAUAUUCUCAGCACUUCUUGUUUCUGCUCAAGGGCCGGAUUCAGGAGACAUUAGCAGCAGUGACUAUAUAAUCGAGCCGGACGUCAACGCCCUAUUUGCAAAGAAACUUACGCUCUAUAGGAGCACCUUACCUGAAGGGCUUCGGCAGCAAGCGACCACCCAAGAUGCGCUCAUGCAGCUUUUGCACCCAACGCUGCAGUUUUUGUACGCGGAUAGUUAUACCCAGAUCCUGCAGCAUCAGUUUAUUGUGCCGGAGCUGGGGUCAUUGUUUGACGGCGAGGUGGCCUCGCUACUCAGCAACAUCACGUACAUCCAGGAGCACAGCCAUGAGCUGCCGUUUAAGUUGUCACUGCGCCUACUCCUGGCGACGCUUGAGAUCUUUGAUCCAACCCGCUAUACAUCCAUCCUGACAGCGUACCCGAUUAGCCGGCGUGCUGUGACAGCUUUCCUUCUUGACCAUUACCUGCAUGUCGGUAACUUCACGGCCGACGAGGGGGAGGUGGUCGUCAAAAUCUGCAAGCGGCUGUUCCAAAUGCACAAGCUGGCAGCGCUUACGAAGCGCAUUGUAGAGUUCUUCCACGUAUCCAAAUCCGGAGGGACCAGCUUUUGCCAGCUCGGCAAAUUGAACGGCUGCAAGACCGAAAACUUCACGACCACUCAGAACUGCCUGAUUACCUACUUCAGGGACGCCCCCCGCUGGACCAUGCCGGGUGUGUUGGGAGAGCUGAGUGUACGGCAGGGCGACCCCUGGUGCGCCCGGUACGGCAGGCAGUACUCGCUGCGCUGGCACUGCCGGGCGCGGCGGCAGCUGCUGACCCGCAUGAGGUUCAACUUCUACUCCAACGAGCUGGUCAUGCACGACCACAACCGCUCCUGGACCGGGGUGCACCCCUGCCGCGAGUUCCUCAAUGUGGUGAUCUUCAGGGAGCCGGAGGCGCGGGUGGUCAGCCACCUGCAGAACAUCCUGAAGCUCUACGUCUGGUACUACAACGCAACCUUCUGGGAGUACUUCGACCCCGCCUCGCCGCAGCAAUGGGCGCGGCUGGCACCCCCCGUGUUCGACAACUAUGUCGUACGAUCCCUCCUGGGCGGCCAAGCGUACAACAUGCCGUACGGAACCGUUAACGCAACCCACCUCCUGGCCGCCAAAAUCGUCACCAUGCAAUUCGAGGUGCUGCUGAGCCUGACGCCACAGAGCUCGGAGCUAACGCAGGACAUCUUUGGGUUGGGGCUGGGCUGGCAGUACGAUUUACGGCACUUGCACGCAAGGCCCACGGA